GGGAGGGCUCUUAACGAACGGUGCAGAUACCCGAGCUUCCAGCGAGAUCUCUCAUCUCAGUCGUCUCCUUCCUGCUGUCUUCUCCAGCGUCCGAUCUUCCCUCUCCGCUUCCGAGCAGCGCAGCAACGAUCCAGAAAAAAAGAUCCGAUUUCUCUCUCCUCCCUUCCUCAUCACGCGCGCGCGCGCGAAUUGAUCGAGCCGCGGCGGCGGUUCUAGGUUUUUGGCGAUGGCAAGUCCCGGCGAUGGGAGCCGCGAGAACGGCGAGCACAGCCCGAGAUCCAACGUCCGAGAGCAGGACCGGUUUCUCCCAGUCGCCAACAUUAGCCGGAUCAUGAAGAAGGCGCUCCCUGCUAACGGAAAGAUUGCGAAGGAUGCUAAGGAGACCACGCAGGAGUGCGUCUCGGAGUUCAUUAGUUUCAUCACCAGCGAGGCGAGCGAGAAGUGUCAGAGGGAAAAGAGGAAAACGAUAAACGGGGAUGAUCUGCUGUCAGCGAUGGCGACACUAGGGUUUGAAGAGUACAUCGAGCCGCUGAAAUUAUAUCUGCAGAAGUAUAGGGAGAUGGAGGGUGAUAGCAAGUUGUCUACCAAGGUUGCAGAUAACGCUGGUAAAAGAGAAGCAACAGGCCUUCAAGUUGCAAAUCAACCUGGUACCAGCACGCAAGUGGAGUUGAAGAUGCCUAAUCACAGUUCUUUUGCUCAUGGCAUGACUUACAUGCAAUCUCAGUUUCAUGGUGGAGACCUCUCUGGAUAAAUGGGAUUUUGGUCGUCACCUUGUAGUUCAGCAAAGAGGACAGAAGAUCGUAUGAUACGAAUUGUAGUAGUAGAGGUUAUCCAGCCGGACAUUUGGUCGUGAUUUAUUCUUCAUUUCGUCUCAGCUUAGAACCUUACGUCGUUAAGGUUUAUUUUUGUAGAUAUAAUCAAAUGUAAACUAAGGGUAUUUUUGUCCUGUUCUCUGUACAUAGAACCUGGUAUUUGCAUUGCCUCAGCUGGUGUCUUGUCAACGGCAAAUUAUUACGUCCGGUGUCCGGAUUUCUCAUCCAAAUACAUCGGGUCCCAGUGUAUUUGGGUGACGUGGUGCGUCUGGAUUGGUGACCGGCACCGGACGUAAUAAUUCGCCCUUGUCAACGGUGGAGCUGUUGCUGUGGAGGAAAUUGUCUUUAUUUAUCACUAAUUUAUUGCCCUUCAAAUGAUAAUUUGCCUUUGUUUAAAAAAAUGGCUUUGCCCAUGGAUUUGAUGGAUCCAAGUAGAAAGCAAAUGGAACAAAUAGAUUCAUAUUUAUAAAUGUUUUCGAUGUGAAGUUAUGAAUG